CAAAGCUUCGCGAAGCUCUACUCCGAACUCUGCGUCGUUACGCCGCCGUCGCCGCACCGCCGAUCUCACCACCGUAAAGGUUGAAAUCUCUUCCCGUUUCACAUUUCACUGUAAAUUCAAAUUUAUGAUUAAAGAUGUCGAGAUUACGAAGAAUGUUCCAAGCAUCAAUGGAUGCUACUAAGAAAGCAAUAUCCGGUAGUUUUGAUGAUUUGAUGCCUCCACCUGAAAAAUAUAUAUUCAACUUCAAUUCUAAGAAGGAGUUAACCAAAUGGCAUUUGUAUUCUGAUUCUGAAUUCGGAGGGUUAUCCUCUGCAUCUCUGCAGAUACCUGAAUCUGAAAGUGGUGGUGCUACUGGGAUUUUCUCUGGGAAUCUUUCUCUUGAGGUUACUCCGGGGGCUAAAUGGAGUAUUAGUAGAGGUGGAUUUUGUGGAAUGCGCUCCAAAAAGUUUGAUGGCUUCAUUGACUUGGAUUCAUAUGAUACUAUAGCAAUGAAACUUAAAGGUGAUGGAAGAUGUUAUAUAUCUACUAUCUACACAGAGAAUUGGGUUAAUUCACCUGGACAGAUGGAGGAUAAUUCGUGGCAAUCGUUUAUUUAUGUGCCUAAAGACAACUGGUAUAUUGCAAAGAUUCCUCUAGCUCGAUACCUACCUACUUGGAGAGGGAACGUUAUCGACGCCGAAAUUGAAAUGAAUCCAUCCCGUGUUCUUGGCAUGUCUUUUUCUGUCAAUGCUGAGGGUGGUGUCCCAGGUGCUAGAUCUGGACCAGGUGAUUUCAGACUUGAACUUGAUUGGAUCAAAGCCAUGAGAACACAAUGAACUAGUAUAGGUUUGUUGCAGAUAAAAGUCAAGAAUUUUGCUCUUCUUAUAGGGUAAUUAAUUUAUACUGACCCUGUUUUGUAAUAAUGAUGUAUCAGUUUGUGAUUCAUGAAGGAAAAAUAUAUUGGUAGUCAUUCCACAUAAAA